AUGCCUAGGUUCUACGAGAACAAAUAUCCAGAGGUCGACCAGUUGGUCAUGGUCCAAGUACAGUCCAUCGAAGAUAUGGGAGCGUAUGUGAAGCUGCUCGAAUACGAUAACAUCGAAGGAAUGAUCUUGCUUUCCGAAUUAUCCCGAAGACGUAUUAGAUCCGUACAGAAAUUAAUCAGAGUGGGAAGGAACGAAGUGGUAGUAGUGAUGAGGGUGGAUCCUGAUAAGGGCUAUAUCGAUCUGUCCAAACGAAGAGUAUCAGCCGAAGAAGUAGUGAAAUGUGAAGAACAAUACGAAAAGGGGAAAGCGGUCGAUUCAAUCUUAACUCAAGUAGCCAAGAAGAGGGGUGUGUCACCCGAGUCGUUGUAUGAGAAAAUAGCUUGGCCAUUGCAUAAACAAUAUGGACAUUCCUAUGAGGCUUUCAAAGCUUCUAUCAGCGAACCCGAAGCGAUCUUCGGCUCACUCUCCCUUGACCCCGAAACCCUCGCCGACCUCCGAUCAGCCAUCGCCAGGAGAUUAACACCCAAACCCGUCAAAGUCAGAGCCGACAUAGAAGUGAAAUGUUUUUCAUAUAACGGUAUCGACGCUAUCAAACGUGCCCUAUCCGCCGGUGAGGCCCUGUCGACCGAAGAGAUCCCAAUCAAGGUCAGACUGGUCGCUCCUCCUUUGUAUGUCAUGUCGACCACUUCGACGGAUAAGUCAGGUGCGAUCGAGUUGAUGGAGAAGGCUGUGGAGACGAUCGGGGAGAGUAUCACGAAAGAAAAGGGAGAUAUGACUAUCAAGAUGAAGCCCAAGGUCGUCUCAGAAACCGAAGACGCAGAACUCAAAGCCCUCAUGGAACAAUUCGAAGCUGCCAAUAUGGAUGUUGCAGGAGAUGAUGAUUCAGAUGAAGAUGAUGAGUAG